GCUUUGUUGUCGCAAAAAUCAUGGCGGAGGAAGACGACAUUAGACCAGAAACCGACGAAGGUUUACUAAAUGGAGACAGAGGAGAGGUACACCUAAUUGUUGAAAAUGAUGACGAUGAUGUACAUGUGUGCAGGAAGUGUAAUUUUAUUUUCUACAAUGUUGAGGAGUACUUGGAACACAAAGUUAAACAUGACAACUUUAAGAUUCAAUAUGGAAGAUCCAACAUUGACAAACGAAUGGUGUUACCUAAGCUCAUUCAGAAAGCUGCCAAGAAACAACCAAGUGACACCACAAAUGAAGAACCAAAGAAGAAAGUUGGUCGUAAAAAGAAGCAGGAAAAUGUUGAACCUAAAAGUGAUGGCACGUGUGCAGAGCGGGCUGGGUACAGCUGCCAGAAAUGUGGCCGCAAGUUCAACAGAGAGGCGUCACUGAAGCGUCACCUGGACUACGAUCACCGUGACAGCGACUUAGAUGACAGCGAUGUGGAGAAGGAUGAAGAGGCGAUGAUGGAUGAUAAUGAUGAAGAAUUCAAACCGGACGCGCAUGAAGCACGGGAGGCCUUUGCUGAUGAUGAGAAAGCUGAAGAGGAGAUGGAGGAAGAAGGGAUUCAUGAUGGGAGUGAAGAACAGCGUGAGAAUCUCGACAAGGUCAUCAUGGCUGCAGCCAUAUUGGAGGCGCAGGAUCAGAACCCAGCGACCGAGUCAUCGGAGGGCAGCAAGGUACAAGACCAGACCAAAAUACAAAAAGUGUUCGUAAUAACAUCAUCUGGUGAGAAGAAAGAUAUAACGUUGCCUAUAGCAAGUGGCAGUCCUGUCAAAUCAUUACGGCCCACAGUGGCUGCCAGUUCUAAGAAAGGGAAGGCUUCUGAGGAAGAUAAAGCCUUGAGGAAAUACGCCUGUAAAGUCUGUGAUAGUAAAUUUAAAGAGCUGACGGUUCUCAAGGCUCACAUGUUGACUCACUCCAACCGGCGCCAAUUCUUCUGUCCCGUUGCUGACUGCACAUACGCCUUUAAGACGAAGGGCUGUCUGAAGAGGCACAUGCGCCGACAUACCGGUGAGCGACCCUAUCCCUGUGAACUGUGUGGACGGACCUUUGCAGAGUCUGGGGCUCUGACAAGACAUCUGAAAUCAAGGACCCCGUGUACAAGAAAAGCUGACAGUGACCUGCCUAGGUAUGGCAAGAAGUGGACCUACACGCCCAACAUCCCAGCCGCACAGGCCGGUCUGGAGGGGCACACAGGGGAAGGGACUGGGGAUCAAACCCAGGAGGACCCUGCGAGUGAUGUGGCUCACAACCAGGAGGAGCAGCAGCAUGUGGUUCACAUAGUGACGGAGGUUGGCGGGACCGAGGAAGGGGAGGCCACUCUAAGGAGCCUUCAGUCUGCCGAGCAUAUCCUGGUAGACUCAAGUGUCAAGGACAUGCUGGAUAUACAGGGCAGUACCAAUGUAGAAGUUGUGAUCUCUGAAGACACAGACAUGGUGGAAGACGAGGAUGACAGCAUACAGCAGUUUGCACACUCAGAAACAGUGGUACAGGAGAGCAGUGGCAGCACAGUUUGUAAGGUGUGCUUUGAGGACCAGCUAUCGGUGGAGGCACUGAAGGUUCACCUGCGGACCCACCUUGCGGACAACACACUCAAGUGCCUGCUGUGCCACUUCAACUGUGACAACAAGGAAGACUUUGAGUCCCACAUGUUCAUGCAGCAUGACGUGCAGCUCAAGCCUUUGGAUGUUGAUCCAGCAGAAGAUGUAUCCCUUUCAAAGAAUGAACACGGACCCCCAUCUCAGAUGGAUGCCCAGACGGCCGUUAAGCAAUUAAUGGAGCUGAUGCAUGGUAAUGACGGUGGAGAGGCUGACACCAGGGUCUCGUGCCCCGUCUGUCAGAAAAACUUCUCCAACACCAGCUAUCUCAAAAUGCACAUCAGAAAUCAUACAGGAGUGAAGCAUUACAAAUGUACGGAGUGUGACAAGUCCUUCAUCAACAAGGACACGUUGUCCAAACACAUGUCUGCCCACCUAGAGGAGCGCAACUUCAAGUGUGGCAAGUGCGGCAAACUCUUCAAGCGCCUCUCACACGUCCGUGAGCACAUCAAGAUACAUGCGGGCUCCAGGCCCUUCCCUUGCACAAUCUGUGAAAAGAGCUUCAAGACCAGUAAUGCCAUGAAGGUACACCUGCGCACCCAUUCAGAUAUCAUGCCGUAUGAAUGCAACUUCUGCCAUCGUCGGUUCAGGGAGAAAGGCUCUGUGAUUAGACACACACGCAUGCACACCGGAGAACGGCCAUUCAGUUGUCAGUACUGUGGCAAGCGGUUCGCUGAACAUGGAACUCUCAACAGGCACCUGAGAGCAAAAGUGGCCUGCAAACGACAGGCUGAAGCCGCAGGUAGAGGGCAGGAGGCUGUGGAGACAGACUACACAAUGCUGACAGAGUUCUCAUCAGUGGUGGCCAACACCCAGCAGUAUAUCGUGGCUGGUGAGGAGGGGGAGACGUCCGAACAUGAGGCAGAGAUCACUGAACACGAGGCAGCUGAUCAUACUCGGGAAUUUUUAUUUACUUACACAAAUGAGGAUGGACAGAUCAUUGAGAAUGCAGAGCUGUCUAAUGUUCAGAUCAUAGCCAGUGAUGAGCAGGGCCUGGACAACAGUGGUCUGCAGGUGAAUGAUGACUACAUUGUGGUCACGGAUGAAGGAACAGGAACAGUGCGUGUGCUUGAUAAGAAGACUGGUAAAAUGGUGGCAGAAGUACCUCUAGCCAGUGAAAGCUCUGAUAGCCAUAUUCAGUCAAUAACCAUGUCCCAAGAUGGGGUAUCCCUAGUUACAUUGUUGUCAAGUGAUGACGGAAAUUUGAGUCAAGGUCAAGUUAUGAGUGAAGGUCAGCUGAUAAACAUUGCUAAUAUUGUUCAAGGGAAUGCUAAUAUUGUUCAAGGGAAUGGAGAUGCAAGUGAUAUGUAUGAGAACAGUAUGGACAAUCUGGAGAAUGCCACCAGUUUGUCUGGAGUUGUCAUUCAGGAAAACGGUGUGCAGUACAUAGUGACUAGUAUAGAUAAAGAAAAUGAAUCUCAUAACGAAUCUGAUCAUGAAUCGGACAAUGUUCGUACAGAAAAUGAAUGAGACAGUAAAUUAAAGUUAAUAUUAUUGACAUGUAUACAAUUGAACUAACAAAGUAUGCACAG